CCACGAACCACAGAGGGGGAGUGUGCUGCUCCGCUCCGUCCGACAGUGAACUCCGGGACGUAGUAGCCAGUCCUGAGGUGAACCAGUGGUGUACCUACAGCUGGUGUCCAGUUGGUGCUGUGGGGACUGGUGUGGAACUGAGUGGUGUCAUUGGUGAAGCGAGGUCACCGUUUGACCCAGGGCCGGUUUGUGAGGUCAUAGACAGGUGUGCAGUAACCGGACUCUCGAGGUGUCAACAUUGUCCAAAAUCUGUGACGGGUCGGAGAGAGAGACCUGCCGUCAUCCUGAGCGGACUCGACUGGAAACGCCAGGUGUCCGUUCGGAAUCCGGUGUAUCCUGGCACGUAACACGUCGGUUUCCUGUGCUCCAUGGUCGCGUCAUAUUUCUGACCUGUUGACGUAGCCCGUGAGGUCAUAUCCCAGGGUAGCGAAACAUUCCAGUCUCCAUACCUGUUGAUUGGUAUCUCCCACCGCUCUCUUCCUGCUCCCCUGCGCUCUCUCCCUGCUCCUCCCCCACGCUCUCUCCCUGCUCCCACCCUCUCUCCCCGUCAGGCGAUGCCCCGCGCCUCCCUGCUCUCUCCCGCCUCUCCCUCCUCCGAGUGCUCUCUCCGCUCUGUCACUCCGCGCCCCAUGGACUCGGACUGUGACGAGCUGACCCCGGUGUGGCCGGGCCAGGCGCUGCUCCCGCGCUCUGCCCAGCCGCUCUCCGACUCUCUCCCGCUGCGGCUCACACAGAAGAAGGCCUCCUCUGCCACCGAGCAGGCGCUGCAGCCGGUCACUUUCGGCGGCAGCGGUAUUCGCCACGUGCCGUUCUCGGGUCUGUCGCUAUCGUCGGGGAGUAAUGGAGCCACCUAUCAGCACACGGUCGGCGGCUACGACAGCGCCGGAGGAGUGCCCAUCAUCAGCCGGCCUCGCCUGGGUCUGAAGCUGGGGCCCCGCUUUGGCCCCCGCCUGGGGCCUCAGCCGCGGCCCGACAUUAGAAAUAGUGCCGUGGCAAUCUGGAUCCAGAGAGUCCGAAACCGCAUCAGCACUCGCAAACUCCGCAAACGGGUGGUGUUCAAGAACGGCGACCUGAACGUGGUGCAGGGCAACCUGUCGAAGCGGCGGCGUCGCUACCUGGCCGACAUCGUGACCACCCUGGUGGACAUCAAGUGGCGGUGGACGUUGCUCGUCUUCAGCCUCAGCUUCCUCCUUAGCUGGCUCCUCUUCGCCGUCCUCUGGUGGCUGAUCGGAGUCGCUCACGGAGACUUUGACGAGCAGAACAUCAACAAUGAGGCGUGGAUUGCCUGUGUGCAUAACGUCAAAGACUUUACCGGAAGUUUUCUGUACAGUCUGGAGACGCAACACACGAUUGGCUAUGGAUAUCGCUACAUAUCCGACCAGUGCACCGAGGCGGUUAUCUUACUCUGCGUCCAGAGCAUCGUAGGACUCGUGAUCCAGGCUCUCAUGGUGAGCAUCGUGUUUGCCAAGCUGGCGCGGCCCAAGAAGCGUGCCCAGACGCUGCUGUUCUCGCGCAGUGCGGUCAUCUGCCAGCGGGACGGCAGGCUCUGCCUCAUGUUCCGGCUGGGCAACAUGAGGACCUCGUCUCUGAUUGGCGCCACGGUGCGCGCGCAGAUCAUCAGGAAGAGGGUGACGCCCGAGGGGGAGACCCUGCAGUUUGACAUGGAGGAACUCAACCUCGGAAAGAGGCAUUACUUUUCGGAUGGCAAGACGAGGACGAUCACCUCCACAGGUCCUGACGACGGCCGGGACAGCAUCCUGUUCAUCUGGCCGCUGGUGGUGGUGCACACCAUAGACGAGCGAUCACCGCUCUACCACAUGUCUGCCGAGGAUCUCCUCCACAAGGAGCGCUUCGAGAUUGUUGUCAUGCUCGAGGGAAGCACCGAAUCGACAGCAAUGGAGACGCAGGCGCGCAGCAGCUACAUCCCCAGCGAGAUACUCUGGGGGCACAGGUUCGAGCCGAUCAUCAACUUCCGCAAGGAGACGGGCGAGUACUGGGUGGACUACAGCAAGUUCAACAGCACCUACGAGGUGGACACGCCUCUCUGCAGCUCCAGCGAGCUCGACCAGUUCCGGAAGAUGCAGGCCGAGAGCGUACAAAGCUCCCAGCUGGGCACACCGCCACAGGUAACAUCUAGCGGCGGCCUCAACAACUUCGACCUGCUGCGGCACCAGGCAGAGACCGGGAAGGAACAGUAGAGGCAGAGCGCCAACAGGGCCGGAGAGCGCCAACUUCAGAUGCUUUACCGGGGGCCGAACAUCGAGCCAGUCUUCCCAGCUCAGCCUCAGAACCUGGCGCUGGGUAGUUCCAAAUCCGGCCACCAGAGGCGCUACCCUCGACGCGCUGGCGAAGUUCGCCGCGACUGCAGCGCCAUCUGGCAGCCAAUCAAUGGUACCACAGCUCGCCGCCAGGUGUCCCACUCGCAGCCAGGCAGCCCUCGCCAAAAACGGCACACCGCAGUACAGCAGUUAUUUGUAACUUAUCGUGCAUUGGCUUAGGAUGGUUUUGUGUAGAGCUUGUGGUGAACCGGCAACUAAUUUUCACAGUUACUUCACCAGAAAACGAGGCGUAACAGGCUGCCUCUUGAAACCUUUGCACGUGCAUUACUGAGAGAUCUGGUGGAUAUGCAUUAAGAUCUGGUGGAUACCACUGGCUUCCGAGGCAUUCCAUAAGCGAACAGCGAGGUCAUGGAUUAAAGGCGCCGAGGGUGUGAAUGCAGCGCCCAACGUUCAUACCGAGAUUCGAGAGAGAUAUUUGAUGUCGCAUUGUGCCAUUUGCCUUGUGUCAGAGUGACGAGGGUAUCGCGAACGUCUCUAUCAGUGAGUUUGUGUAAACUUUUGAUGAAUUUGAGCGCGGGACGUUUCGGUUUGAUGCCGUGUUCGAUCCAUCGUCAGUUCCCUAAACCGACUUCGCAUGAUAAGAAGGGCGACACUGUUCAAGAACCGUCGUGAGUGCUUGCUUGAAGGCGGUUCAAGCACUCAUAAAACUAUUGACUCAGCUCAUUUUGUAUGGACCGUUUAAGACAUAUAUGUAUACUGGUUGGAAGUGUUUUCUACUGUUGUAUAUUUCAUGUAUAUAGACGGAAGAGGACCACGGCAUUUUGUAGAGCUUGUAGGACGUGUCGGAGCGACUGUCCUGUUUAAAGCUAGUGUAGAUGACAGCGUUGCUACGCUUUCGAACUUCUUUCAAACUGAGGCGGAUGCGUUUUGAAUGUUUGAAAGCAUGCUCAUUAUAAGUUAUCAUACUAUGUAUGUAUCGAUAUGUUUCUUUUUUUUCGGGUUAUCAAUCACACAAUCGGCGCAAGAGGCUACAUCAACCGCAUGGUCUUUCAUCUAGUGCCUCUGACUGGUAAAAGCGACCUUAUCAGCAGUUGGCACUGGAGCCGUUGGCCGAAUUGGGUGAUUGAAAGCCGGAGCUUUAGUUUUAGAGGAACAGCUCAAUGGAGGUGUUGGAACCAAAGUGGUCGGAACGUGCCUUCAAAUAAAAGUUACUGACGCUA